UAGCACGUACAGGAAGGACAUUAAUUCACCGUCCCCAGCAUUUUGUUUUCGAGCGUGUUUUGAGCUACGAGUGAAGGGUCCGAGAUGGCUGACGGUGAUAUUGAAGAGUUCAUUGAGCAGAAUCGACAUUUGGCCGAGCUUAUCGACACGUUUAGGACUAUCUCGGAGAGCGAAAAACAUUGGAAGUCCCGGAGGGAGUUUCUGUUUAGGAACAUCCAAGACUAUGAGGAUCCACACUUGGACCAUCUCCUGGCUUUGUCUAUGGUUUGGGCUAACCACGUCUUCCUCGGUUGUAGAUAUAGUCCCGUACUUCUGGACAGAGUGAAGGAGAUGGCAGAGGGAAUUGACGUGCACGACGCGCCGGUCUUUAAAACAAGAGACGAGAUAAUGAAACAGCAGCGAUGAUGGGAGAUGUCCAGAGCGAGGAUGCGCAGUGGAUUAAACCCAGACCUGGAGCAGAAGACCCUCCUGAACUUUUUUUUUUUAACUUUCAUUUUUUAAAAUAAAGUCUGGAGUUUUCAAAAAUAUAUAUUUCGGUUUAGGCGUCCGUUUUGAUGACCUAAGAUUGAAACCACUUUUUUUUCUUUUUUUUUUCUGGGGAAUAUUUUAAAUGCGUGCAGAGAACCUGCUCACUUGAGUGGUAGCUCUGUGGGUCUUGGGGGUCUAAAGCAAAAUACAGUUCAGAUUGCCGUUUAGAGUGUUCAGUUGUCAGGAAGUUCUGCGAGUAGAGAGCAUAUCCUUCCUCGCUCAUUGAACUGUCUGGGACAAUCGAAAACAGGCAAUAAACCUGAAAUGUUUUUUUUUUUUUUUUUUUUUUUUUUAAAGGAUCUAUCAUUUUAAAAUCGUGUAUGCAAUGUCGGGAGAAACAUCGCAUGGCUCGCAUGGAUGAGAAGGGAGACCGCAGCCAGUGAGGACAAGGACAUUUUACUUUUUGUUUUCAGUUUGCUUCCUGUGUAGCGUACUUGUGUAGAAAGGUUCUCUCUGCCCUUGUCCUCGACAGCAUUGCAGCCUGUCGAGGAUGUCCUUCAAUGCCCUGGUAAAUGUUUCACACGUAUGGAUGCGUAUUUGAGGUGACAUUAUGGGUCCUGGUCUGGUUUUCAUGGCAAGCCCCACUAUUUUUUUAAUGACAAAAGAAAUGUUCAAAAAGAAGGAGGCAGGCAGUUAGGCCUUGGUUCAGGAACAAGAUUUCUCUGCCAGGAGUACAUCUCAAGUCUGUAAAAUGUAUUUUAUUAUGUUUAUACAGCAUAUCAAGUAUACAUUAUCAAUAAAUUCACAAAACUA